UUGCAACUGCUUAAAUGUUCGUUUCAUUUAAUACACUUUAAUAUACACAAUAAUUAGUGGAUAUGUGACCCCGCCGAGAGAUAAAUUGGCGUUCGUGACACGGCAAGAUCGCGUGGUGUCGACUGGCUGCUGGGCCAUCCCAGCAAAAUAACAGCGAAGGUGCUAGCUCCGUGGGAGGAACGAAAUGAUUAGUGUUCCACAAGAGUGAAAAAUCGCAUCACUGUGAAGUUCUAGGAAGCGCCGAAGAAGCAUGGGUGAACCCCGAGAGCCGAUGGGAACUUCUCAGGCUUUGGAAAACGCGGAUGUGGAGGAAGAACCGCCCACUCCGAGCCUUGAGUGUGCCAUUUGCCUGCAAAAGUGCAUUCACCCUGCCCGGCUACCCUGCGGCCACAUAUUCUGCUUCUUAUGUGUGAAGGGCAUAGCCAACCAGAGCAAGAGGUGUGCCAUGUGCCGACAGGAAAUUCCUGCUGACUUUACGGAAAAGCCGGAGCUGAUUCCGGAUGCAGAGUCGGAGCUGGACUCCCCCACUGAGGAGAGCUACAGGUGGUUUUACGAGGGCCGCAACGGCUGGUGGCAGUAUGAUGAGAGGACCAGUGCAGAGCUAGAGGCAGCGGCUGCUAAGCAACUUCCCAGGUGCGAAGUACUGAUUGCGGGCUUCCUCUACAUCAUCGACUUCGAACAGAUGGUGCAAGUGCGCAGGAAUGAUUUAUCUCGGCGACGGCGAGUGAAGCGGGAUCUAGCUAGCGUCCCCAAGAAAGGGAUAGCGGGAAUCAGACUCGAGGAAUCGGUGCACGACACGGCUGUCGGAGUCCCACCUCAGCAACCGGGAGAGUGCAACGCCACGGAGCGUCCAGUGCAUGAUGAAGCCGAGAAUGUGGGGCAAAGUGCCGGCCUUGCCGAAACCACAAGUCCUACAGCUUCCGACUCGGUGGUUGAGCAGGAUAUUUUGCUUCUGGAUUCUUCAUUUGGAGGUGGCGAUAGUAUCCGGUUGGUGUCGGAGGAGGACGGAUUUACAGACACCUUUCUAGAAGGGACUUCGAUCGGUUCACUGCGAUUGGACGAUGAUGACGAGGACGAGAGAGGAAAUGGCGAUACCUCGUCACCGGCGCCGUACCGCAUCGGCCAAUUUGGUCGCAGAAGGUACUACGAGGACAACCUGUGAUUUCCAUGUGCAGUGUGAAAACAAAAAAAUCUGAAUUCUUCUCUAUGCAUAAACUUGCAUACAUCUUGCAUUUAAGCUGCCAUAAGUGGCUUGAAGUGAUAUAGUGAUACGUAACAACUUCUGACGCGAUUGCUUUGCUUGAAAGGAGCAACCAUAGAAAACCUUUAGUUACGGUAUUCGUUUGAAUGUACAUUAUGUUGCGGCUGUGUUUUGGAGCCACCGUAUUUGGCUGCAGUGUCACUGUCAUAACAGAAUAGCUGGUACAGUAGGUGCAUGUCGAUAAAAGCAGUUGGGUUCGUGUAUUGGACAUUUCAUCACCCUAUAAAUUCAUGUUGCAAUAUACAAAAGUAAGAAAAACACUCAUUUUAGUAGGCCGAGGUGGUGGUUGUGUUUUACGUAAAAUCAUUCAUAGAAUAACAUGGUCGCUCUUUUUUUUUUUGUAAAUGAUGCCGAUAAUUAGCUGUCUAUCUAUAUUUGCGACCAAAGCAUGCAAAAGUCCCUAGCUAAUGCAAUUCUACUGUCACUCGCACUGUUCUUCUAGCUGCUUCAUUUACAUUGGUACUUUACGUAUGUACAUGUGCAGUAAAUUGACGUGCUAUGAAAAUGAAUUACAAUGAGAUCUCAAACAGAAACUUAUGAGGUAACUGUGAAUUCUGUCAACUACAUUUCCAACUCAUUCAGUCAUCGUUGUCUCGCACAGCGGCCAUGCAGGCAAGAUCUUUAGUCAACUGAUAAAAAAAAACAUGAGUGAAAAUGGCUCCAACCAUGGUCACUGUAUGUGAUUCCGUUGUCACCAACAUUUGAGAAAACACGGAUCUCCAAGAUCAGGCUUUGGCUGACAAAGAAACUGGCACAUAGUUGGUUUUAUGCAAGCGUAAAUAAGCCAUGCUUAUCUUACACAAUAGUAUGUCAUGUACAAAGUUUUCUGUUCAUCAGCAAUUAUGGGCCGAUCCAUAGUUGAAGAACAUUUUCUUUACAUCUUCUGGACCAGGACAUAUAGGGAUUGACUUGCAUUUGGGCUCGGUCUAUGUCUGAUUAGGUAAGCACAGUGAUUAUUGUUAGCCAUGACAAGAGCAGACGUGUUUCGCACGCCGCGAGCCCCUUAUUGCGUAGCUACCAAUGCAGGAAACUGCCGUGCGACUUGUUGCUCCUAUUCUCUGUGUUGGUGCUUUCACGGCUGCAAAGGCCGAAGGUGUCGCGUUUCUUUAUACAUAUGUAAACAGCUUGACAGUUCAAUUGCUUCUAUGUCUAGUAGGUUUCACUUUACCACGAGUGCUCUUGUUUCAUCAUUGCACAAGUGCUGCAGGUCACACAAUUUGUGCACGUUUUGUGUUGAAUAAACUGAAUGACUUUGGAAACA